AUGCAAGCAUCGAAUAGCCCGUGGUGGUCAGUGACUCCAGAGACUCCCGACAAUAGAGCCGUCACUGAUAAUAGAACCUCCGGGGCUGUACCCGUGAGCGAGCCACGCGAGCCACCGUAUCCACCGCCUUCGAUUCGUGCCUUGGGUACUAAUUCAGAAAGGGUUGCGGGAUCUUCAGGGCUAGAGGCUUCCGGGUCGCUAAGUGUUCUUCCGAGUGGGAGAAAUUUGCCGCCCCAGCCUCCUGUUCCAAAAGCUAAAACAGGAGUCACGCCAUCUACUGCACCAAACGUCGGACCAUAUCUCACGCUCGGACAGCGAGCAGCGGUUAUCUCACCUAACAAUCCGUUGCUUCGUGUGCGGUCGAGAUCUCCACCACGGUCCUCUUCGAUCCCAUCUGGAUCGGCAGGUAGCGGGGUUGGACCCGAGAGGGAGCGCGAGGCAGCCGAGGAGAUUCUUGAAUCAGCCGAGGAGGCUGCGGAGGAGUCUCUUGAUUCAGGUGCGGCUGCAAGCAGCGGGGUUGGACCCGAGCGCGCGACAACAGGCAGCGGGGCUGGACCCGAGAGGGAGUUGAGGUUCCGACCUGUGGCGCGUCAGGUGACUUCGCUUAAGGUUGCGGAGGGAUUGCUUCCGCCGGGUACUUCUGUGCUGCUGUCAUUGGACAUUCAUUUGGUCGCUGACCGCGACGAGGCGAGGACAUCUGCGUGCCUUGAGAGACUCUUGCGAGAGCACUCGGACUUGGCUGUGAUUUUCUGCUCGUACGCGGUGAAGCAAAAGACCAUUGAUAAGGCGGUCCAGUGUAUCCACCGUAUUUGUGAUCGGACGAUUGUGCGGCGCCCUUUGACCUUUCCCAUUUUCUUCACGACAUCCAAGAUUGCGCCGGGCACAGGCAAAGGAGCACAAUUGUCUAAGUUGGCGGAUAUCUUUAGCCGGUCGCGACCCGCUCCACUGACCUUUUUGUAUCACGUGGACGAUCAAGAUCCGAUUUGCAAGAACGUGACAUCCUACGGCCAUCACGGUGUGCAUUGGGCGGAGGAGGACCCGCGUGCUUUGGAUCAGAUCGAGUUGCACUUGCAUCAACAUGCCCAUCGGCAGCAGGUCCUUCAGGUUGGGGUUGACCCGGUAGCCCAUGCGAACAUGCAAUCCGAAGCAACAUCAGCCAUCAUGAACGCCAGAGCUGAGACAGCAGCCGUGUUUGGCGAAGCCGAAGCAGUGAUUCAGUCUCUAAGAUCAGAGAACCAACAGCUAGGUGCCCAGGCCGCUGCGAUUCAGGGUGAGUCGUAUGCCGCCAUACAGGUGCUAAGGUCCGAAAACCAGCAGUUGGGUUCACGCGCUUCGGUGAUUCAGGGUGAAGCUGAAACGGUGAUCGGAAACCUCCGAACUGAGAAUCAACAGUUAGGGGAGAUGAACCGUGAGCUCAACCAGAGACUCGAAAAGCAAGCUAAGAUGAUCCUUGAGCAGCAAGAGUUAUCUAAGGCUAUGCAUCAGCAGCUAAUCGCGCUUCAGUCGCAUGUGCAAGCUGCCGAACCAAAGAACCCAAGCAUCCCUUCAUCGGCUAUCCCCGCGAGCUAUACCCAAAAUGGCGCGGAUCAGGCUGCGUCUGCAUUCAACGCAUUGCAGGCACUCGCGGGUGAAGUUGGGGGAACAAUGCGAAGGAUUGAACAGGCAAUUGAGGCUUCCGGUUCUAGUGGUUCGGUUGCCCCGGGUCCGGUUGAGUUUGGAUUGCCACCGUACCAAUGCAGCCGUAAGAGCAUCUUCACGGGUAGAUUGCAUUCCGCAACACCCGCUUCUCCACCUCCUCCACCACAGAAGCUAAAGCCCCAAGUCUUCGACAUAGCAGAUGAAGAUGACUUUGAUGAGCAUGGCGAAGAUGAGGGUGAUGAGGACGGAGAAGAUUUCGAGGAUGAUCCAAUCGUCCCCGUUGCGGCUCACGAGCCUGAAGAUGACAGAGAUUACGAGUCUAGCAUUUAUAAGUACAAAGACCUGAAAGACAUCAAGCUUCCCCAAAUUCCGGGUUCUAGCGUUGAGUUCAGGGCUUACCGCAAUUCGGUGCUAACACAGAUUGCGUCAAUCGAUUGCAGCGGCAAAGCCGUCCUGUUGAACAAAGCAACUCCAGGAGUCACCGACGCCAAUCGUGGUGCCGGUGAGGGUGCCAACAGGGACAAAGGCAAAGGUAAAGGGAAAGGCGGAGGUAAGGAUGGCAAGGCUAAACCUCAGAAACCUCCAGCUGCGAAGGAUUCGUCAGCUGAACAAUCCGGCCAAAGGCCAGCGUGCUUCUUCUAUCCAAAAGGAACAUGCACUAGGGGAAAGGAUUGCCCUUUUGAGCAUGUAGAUGCACCAAAGAAAGCUGCUCCAUCAAAGGCCGCCCCAAAGGUGCCUGCCGGAGUCGCCAUGUUAGCAGCCGCGUCGACGGGCGCGAGCGCAUGCAACAUCCCUUCAUCAUUUGUCCGCGGUUUCAAAGCCACAUGUCGCUUGAUCACCGCUCCCUUUCGUGUGUUUGCCCGCUUUGCGGCAGCACUUUCAUUUGCAUUGCCCGCAACCGUGCAUCAUUCGCAUGAUCGCAUUGCCGCGACAGUCAGUAGACCUAACUGUUCAGGGGGGUCGUACUUCCUUGAUUGGGUUGCUGAUUCUGGGGCAGGGAGAAGCCUGCUAAGCCAAUCCGCGCUUGCAGAUCAGGGCAUUUUGACUGAUAUGUUCAGCGAUCACAUCCGGUCAACCAAGCCGUUGCAGUUUGAAACCGGGAAUGGUGUGACGAGCAGUGGCACCUUCCUUACUACAACGAGCGAUGCCUUUGGAUCAGUAGAAUCCUAUGUUCUGCAAAGCUGCCCGGUAGUGCGGUCUUUAGGCCAACUAGUAGAGUUGCAGCGAAAACCUUUCGUUUGGCUUCCUGGUAGCAUGCCGUUCUUCGGUAGUGACGAAGAUUGCGUCCAGAUCACUUGGGAUUCGGAUCGUGUCAUUUAUGCCCAUAAGGUUGAUGACUAUGUUCCGGUAUUUCGUGAGCAGAUCAGGUUUGGUGGUGAUGGUUUGCACAGAGCCUUAGCCGCUGGUGAGUCUGCUCCGGCAGCCCCAGCAGAGGUUCCUGCGCCCGCUGUCCCAGCAGAGGACCCUCCUCUCCCAGCUCCCGCAGCACCCCCUCCACCUGAUCCAGGGGAAGGUUCCGGUGCCGACGAUGAGGGUGAUGAGGAUGCACCAACCAAGGCUCAGCGGCUAAUCACUGAAGCCCAGAUCAGAGACGCUGCACCGCCUGAUGUUGAGCGCCCUGAUCCUUUGGCGGAGUCUGCACCCGCAGCCCCCGAGGGUGAUGAGGAUGCUCCAGAGCGCGCGAGCUCCUCUGCUGGCCCACGGGCUCCAGCUGGUGUUGUAGUUCAGUCUUCCGAAAGCAAAGUUCCAACAGGUGAGUUUGGUUUGAGUGCAAGGUUUCUCGCAAACGAGAGAGCGCGUAACAACACCAGAAGGGUGAAGGAACUUCCAGGGGAAAAUGUUCUUAUCGAGUACGGUUGUGAAGACGAGUCUGAGAUAAGAGAUGCUUGUGAACGUUGUAAGGUUCAUUGUGUUAGUCUGCCCCAGUCAACGCUGGACUUGACUUCGCAGGAUGACAUGCAGCAAGUUGUUUCCCAAGCAAUCCCAGGUGUAGAUGCUUGGUUCACCAUACCAUGCACACAUAUGUCUUCACACCAAGCCGUACAUCGUGAGUCCCAAAGUCCCAAGUACGCGCGAAAGAUUGCACAAAGGCAAGCAACAUCCAAGCGAAUGUUGGUUUUGGCCCUAAAUGUUGCCGACCAUAUCAUUGAGCAGGGGGGUCGGGUUUCGUUUCAGUGGAGUUCUGAUUCGGGGGUUCUUGUGCAGCCUGAGUGGAUCGACUUCGCUUCGAAACACGAGCUCUCCAGUGUAGCCUGUGUCAGCGGUAACAAAGCCACCACCAUUGCUUCGAACUCCAAGCGAGUACUGGAGCACUUCGCAAAGGUGUCAACGAAGGAGUCAUCAGAGAUCAAUGCAACGAACAUCAAAGCGUAUGAGCUUGCGGAUCUCGUGAUACAAUCCUUGUUUCCCCAGAGGUACUUCAAAAGUGUCCCCAAUCUUGGUAAAGCUAGCGCGCUUAUCACCAAGAAUCUCUCUCGCCGAGAAUGGCAAGCUGAGCCGAAGGCGCUUGAAGCCAUCGCUCAAGAAGCUGAGGGGUUGCGCCGAAACGGCACAUGGGAUGACACGACGGCCAUGCCUUUGCAUGAGGCGAAGGUCAAACUUGAUCCCGAGUGUUUCAUAGGUUCUGAGGGUGUUCGGAUCUUAGGUAGACUGCAUUGUCGGUACGAUGAACCAUCGUCGACCACAAUGGCUUUUAGGAUGCCUGAGUAUGCUGAGCAGAUUGUCCAAACCUAUUGCGAGAUCACCGGGACAACGCCCGACAAGCUUCGUCGAGUGAACACGCCCUGCAUCGCUGAAUCGUCAAUGACCGACGAGGAUAUCUCAGCGCAAGGCGAGCUCCACGAUUCAGCAUCACGCAUCUUGAUGCGCUGUUUGUGGUUAGCUCGUCUCUGUAGAGCUGACAUCGCAUUUGCUGUAACUCGCCUAGCUUCCAGGGUCACUCGGUGGACCGCCUGGGAGGACAGACAAGUGCUUAGACUUGUGUCGUAUAUUCAUCACACCAGAGAUGUUUGCAUGAAUGCCAGUUGCUCUUGGGAUGCCGCUCCCGAGCUACGGGUGUAUACAGACGCUGACUUCGCAGCCUGUCCCUACACUUCACGUAGCACGUCCGGGAUUGUAGUCCACAUAGGCACAGGUCAGCAUGCAUUCCCUGUGAUGUGGCAAAGUCGCAAGCAAACGUCUGUUGCGAGGUCGACGCCAGAGGCCGAAAUGAUCUCAAUGGCAUCAGCCAUGUUUUCAGAGGUCAUAAACCUGCAGACGUUCUUACAGUCAGCCUUCAAAAGCACAGUGCCAAUCAUCUUCUUCCAAGACAAUGAAACUGUUUUGGCCAUCCUGAAGUCAGGAUACAGUCCAAAGCUUCGCCACUUAGGGCGCGUGCACCGCGUGAACGUGGCAAGUAUGGCAGAGAUCUUUGAGCAAGAAGAUUUUUCGGCUACUUACGUGAACAGCAAGGAGCAAUUAGCUAAUGGUUUGACUAAGAUCAUCCCUCCUGCUGAGUGGUCUGAUAUGCUCACACAGUUGUGCCUUCACGAAGGUGUCCCUCACAGUGCGACCGUCUCAAAGGUCGUAGCUGAGGAAGCAGAGCGUUUUGCAAGCUCACUGCCUAGGAAGAUCACACAAGAAGACCUUGUGCAGCUUUUGUCGUACUUGCCAGGGGAGAGCGCCGUGCGCCCCUCUGCAAGUGAGGCAAUGUGCUUCACCACCGGUGCGUUCGCGCACGGAGGUGGGAUCGCAGGUUUAAGGCAAAAUGUAACCCUCUUCCCAGUAGUCACUGCGGUUUUGUGCAGGUUCAUCCGUAGGGUGUUGCCUAAGCAUAAGUUUACGGCAGUGAUGUUGGCCAAGAAUCAAAUUACUUUGACUCAUAAGGAUUCUUACAACGAGCCAUGCAGCAAGAACGCUGUAAUCCCACUUGAAGUGUUCGAGGGGGGCCACGUGUGGGUGCAGUCACAAGACGGUGGCUACCCAUGCCCAGACCUCAGUCGAGGUGAGAAGGGCGAGAUCCUUAAAUGGCCAGCGAUCUUCGAUCCAAGACGGUUACAUGCGACGACCCCUUGCACGAAGGGUGACAGAAUCGUCAUAAUUGCCUUCACACCUAGAAACGUGAGCAGGCUGCCCGUCGACAGCCAGCUGAAGCUGCGAGAGCUUGGAUUCCACUUAUAA